UGACCAUAAAUCAUCUCAUCUUUAAAGGAUGACGGCGAAUAAGGAACUGCUAAUACCAAUUGAUAUUAAAGAUGUAAAACUCGUCGACUGGCUCGUGGACAGGUCAAUCGUCAACAGGCUAUGGAACGAAGAGUGCAGCGAACUUCGUGAUCUUUUAAAACAGGUGGGAGAAGAAGAAUGCCCGCUGAUAGAUAUAGCUGGAGAGAUAGUAUCUCCCAUACACUAUCACAACGCUGUCAAGAUACUCCAGGCAUUAGAAGAUUCGCCUUUCGGUACAAAGAACCUGAUCGGUCAAUACAACCACGAGUACACGGCUAAGUGGGCUAGGAUAGUAAAACUAUUCGAGAAAGACAGCACCUUCCUGGCUGACAGUGCUAAAUACAUCAUACAGAAUGUUAAGUACGACAUUCCUCUCUUCAAAAAACAAAUAGCCAGAGCGACGCAGAUAAAACAAGACAGCAUCAAAAAGCAGGGCGACUGUUCCAACAACAUCAACAAAUACCAGAUAAAGUACCGUGAGAAGUGUUGUGAUAUUGGUAUAGUUGGGGAUCACGUCAGGUCGGAGUUGAAGAACCUGGUCGGGGACAUCCCGGCUAAAAUUAGUGAUAUCGCUGGUGAUAUUGGGACUUUACAGCAAGCCCUUUCUUAUUAUCAGGUAUUUGCCCGGUUUCUGAUAAAUGACCCUGAUCUGGAAGUCUGUCCUCUGCUCUUCUUUAUUUCUCAACACGGCAAUGGCACAGUCAGUCAGUAUGAAACUGGUACUCUUCCCACCCCAGAGAGUGAUAGUGAUAGUAGUGUUGAGAUUAUUGAGCCGAUUGAAACUCACGAUAAUAAUGGAUGUGUUAUUGUUUCUAGCGAGAUGGACAACGAUAAAGAUAGUCCAAUUAGCAUGGACAUUUCGAAUGAUAUUAUAACUCAAGAUCCGGCGCCAGAAGUAGAGUCUGACAUUGAUUUCGGUAUUGAUACGAUCGAUUUUGGUGCUGAUAUCGACUUUGGAGACGACAUCAUUGAUUGUGGAGAUAUAGACUUUGGAGAUGAUGAGAUUGAGAUAAGCGUGAUGGAGUCAGGAGAGGAACAAAAGAAUGAGCUUGUACUUGACAACACCACUACGCGUAACAAGAUCAUUGAUGAGCUGUACGAACUGUCAGCAUUCCUCACUUCCAGACGAGACGAACUUUCCAGACAUUCCGAAAAUAUCUUAUCCGAGAUUCCUGAGUGUCCCCCGGAAAUACAAACUACUCAAAUAGAGAACGUGGAGAAUAUGGUUAGCGAGGUAGAUAAGCCACUCAGCAAGCUAACCAACGACAAGAUGAGACAUUUGUUACUGUUGAAGAACAGCGAGAAGUAUCUUGACAGAUUAACAGACAGAUUACAGUCGCAGCUUCGACUGUGCGAUAAAAUGGAGGAUAGCAUCGAAGAAAUGAAACAAAGAAUAAGUGAAGCAGAGAGAACUUAUGAAGAUGUCGAACCAAAGAUGAAGAGAGCAAUCGAGACAACAAAGUUACUGAAAGCGUGCGUUGAAACGGAACUGAGAAAGAAAUACAAGGGACGACCUGUACGGAUAAUGGGGGACAUCAAUACGUUGUGAUUUUGGUAAUAUUGGUUUAAUAAUCAUUUACAGUUUUAAAGUUAAUAAUUUUCAGUUUUAAGAUUUGAUUUUAGAUUUCGCAGAUAUUAACUUUCUUCGUGGAUAAUAGCGAUGACUAAAAUAUCUAAUUUGGGAUGUGUAAUAUAUGUAUCUUAAUUUAUGACUGGUUCUCAA